UACUAUUGGUUAAAAAUAUUGAAUAUUGAAAAUUAUAAAAAAUGAUAUACUUAUUAUAGUGAUUUAAUGUGUUUUUUCAAUGUGUAAAAACAAUAAAAAAUCUAUAAUCACGAAGAGAGUACAUAAUUUGAAUUAAUCUCAUCUUUUACCACUUAGAAAUCACGUCCUCGUACGUGUAUCUCCUUAUGAUGAUCACAACUCCUAGGGAAUACAAUUUUGCCAAAACAUACAAUCUUAAGAUACUUCGCAUCACGUUAGCGUUCGUUUUUACGCUAUCGUUUUUAAUUAUGGGUUUACGUAUAGGCAAAAUUUACAGCAUAGCCCAAGGAUAGUGUAAAAGAUAAAGUAAAUUUAACAAAAAUUAUUCCAUUUUUUUUUUUGAAUGAAUGUUAAAUUGUUAUUCAUCAAAAAGAUCAUUUUUACAUCAAGUGCAGCCUAUAUAAUCUGUUUUAGUAACUCCCCUUUAGAACUUUAAGAAAACUUUUUUAAUGAAAUUUACAAUCUUGUACUAAACCAAAACUGUAACCCUUUCUCCAUGCCUCUUACUCCCUUUGAUCUCAUCAGACUUAACUUAUUUCUCACCCCUUUAUCAACCAGUUUCUUCAGCACUUCAAUCGGCAUGAGCUUCUCCUCAUGACGAACCUUGUUUCGCUCUCUCCAGAGAGUAUACAAUGCUAUUUGAAAUGCAUAUCUGAUACAAAACAGUCACAUCCUUUCCAUCUUCACAUCAGAUAUCCAAAUCACAAUGUCAUUCCACUCAUUUGUAUACGUCUCUUUCAAUAUCCCUUUUACCAGAGAACUCCAUAACUGUGAUGAGUAAGUGCACUCAAAAAAGAGAUGAUCUCUUGUCUCUUGGGCCGUUUUACAGAGAACACAUAUUGUAUCCACACUUUGGCUCCAUCUUGCAACUCUAUCCAUAGUAGAAUUAUUCCAUUUUUGUUAUGUUCAGAAUUUUUUUUUUAUCCCAUUAUAUUUUUGGUCAGCGUAAAGAAAUUUUUGUAAGCCUAUUUACCAGUACUAUGCAUAUCGUUUAAAUGUAGGGGAUUUGCACUAGAUAGCAAAAAUAUAUGAGAUAAUUAGGUAGAUGGGUAAGACACUGUACCUUUUUAGGUAAUACCAAGACAGUCCUUAUUUCCACAGGAAAAGCAAAGUACAGUAUCUGUUACACGUCAGACGUGAUUACUUAAAACAAACGGUUGCACACAAAAAGUGUCAAUAAUGCAAAGAAUUAAGACUUUCUUUCUUUUUUAUGCAAAAAAAACAAAGGGAUCUGUAAUAAUAUUAUUCCCCGAAUCGGUCUCAAUUCCCAGUUCCUCCAAACAACCUACGGGAGUAGGUGAGUACGAGUACGACAAGUAGCAUCGGUCUCAUCCUCAAAUCAUGUGGAUUCCGAGUCACCGCCAUUAAAAUUGGUCUCUUUUCUCUCCUUAUUACAACAACCUUUGUCGUUUCUUUCAUGUGUGUAAUAACGAACAUGUGUUCUGUUUCUUAUGUUUUCUUCAAGCAAAUUUUGUUUCUUUUCUUUCAUUUUUGCUUUUGAUUUUUUUUCUCCCAAUGAAAAAAAAAAGUUUAAGAUUCAAUUCCCAAAUGUUGGCAAAUCUCAGCCAUUACUCAUCUCCACCGGGUUCACCUAACGAAGUCCCUGUAAGUCGACAAAAAUAGUAUUCAGACAAUUAUACUCGAAUCUGGUUUCUAUAUUUUGUACAUGGUUUUUAUGUAUAUACUCAAAUCCGGUUUCUAUUAGUUGUACCCGGUUUUUAUGUAUAGGCAACUACGGUUUCUCCUCUUCGAAAAUAUCUUAUCCUCACCGAAAAUAUCUUCUCCUCUUCUCUUCACUUCUCCUCUCUAAAAAUAUCUUACAACUCUUCUCUCACCAAUUUGGAAAAAUAUAACCGAUUUUGUACACUUAUUUACUUUUUCAAUAGGUUCAAAAAUAAAACUAAUAAAUAGUCAUAACUGCCGGUUGCAGGUUACUUGUAAAAUAUAUCAAAACUCUUCUCUCUUUAAUUUUUAUAGAUACAUCCGGUUGCAAUAACUAAUAUCACAGUUUUAAAAGAAUGUAGCCGGUUUUACUAAGUGUAUUGCGUUUUGAAUACAAAUUUAAUUAUUUGCGAACAACCCGGAUAGCAGGUAAUGAGAAAGGUGUGGGUAAAGGAGAUAAUUGACAACUCAUGGAAAAAUUGUCAUGGUUCGCCAAUUAUUAAAAAGUUUGCAUAGAUUUGCAAUUAUCACGCUGAAUUUUGAUUUCUAGCUAAAUAGGCCUUAAAUGUAAAUGCACUUAGAAGAAGUCAAAAGAACAAACGGAUAAAAGGAUACGAUCUUUGCCAAAUCAACAUUUCUUGGUUUCCAUCUUCAAAAAAAUAAAGAUUAAUAAGAAAGUAAAGUUAUAGUUAGUUCCUUUCUAGCAAAGACAUAAUAUGAGGCGGCGUAAGCUAAGCAAAUUUCAAAAGAAAAUAAUAAGAUUAGACCCAAAAAAAUAAUCCUACUAUAUAAAAGAAGCUAAUUUCUAGCUUCCUAAGGCUAUCCACAUAGGCAAAAUAAUCAGGACCAAUCAAUAUGCCAGGUCAUAACAAAGUGGGCUUUAUGUAAUUAAAACAAAUGUAAUAUUAGCUGGAUACUGAUUCAUAUAUGUUGUCAAUAUAUAUGUGUGGUCACAUAUUUGACUGUAAAUUAUGAGUCAAAUAAUAUCUAAUGCAUUUUUUGAGAAUUAAAUAAAAUAUAUUCUGCCAUUAAGUCAAAUGACUGUCGACAUUAAACAUAUUUCCACCGCCUCACAGUUUGAAGAAUUUCACCAUCCACUCAUCGCUUUUCAUUCCUAUCUAUUUGUGCCUUUUCUUUCUUGUGAAAAGUAAUCCGUGUAAGUGGUUUCUUUUGUUUAAGGAGUGGUUUAGAAAGUGCGAAGAUUAUUUGUUUUCAUAUUCUUCAUUUUGUUAAAUUAACAGUUCUCUCACAACACCAUAGUCAAACCAUCCUCCCAAGAUCCUCCACCUCUAGGAGGUAUUCUGAAAUUAGAAAUUCAUUUUGAAUAAAAACAUUAUUAGUAUUGUUAUAUUAAUUUCAUACUUUCAUCCAAAACUCUAAUAAUAACAAAUAUAUACAUUAUUAUUAUAGAUAUAUUUCAUCAUUAUAAUUGUUUGCAAAUGUAGCUUUUCCUAUUAUGUAGAAGAUGCUUUUUAUUUUAAAAUAAUUAAUAUGAAAUAAACCAAAUAUAUUUUGGUAUCAUAUUAUUAAAGAAACAUGUGGAACCUCUUCGACAUUUUUAAAUAUCCCAGAAUAACGUGUUGUUAAGAAUUAAAUAUUGUUUUGCAUAACAUAAUAUUGCAGAUUAUUUUGCUAAUUUUGUAAUCUCUAAUAUUAUUUUGCAAAUUUUAAAAGUAAAUAAUUUAAUAUUUUUAGACUUAUAACUGAAAUCUUACAUCACAAAUUCAUACAGCGACAACAAAGAUUUAUACAACUAUAUCAAAAAGAAUGAACAGUAUUAAUUAUACAACAACAUAUUAAAAUUCUACAUUUUCUAAGUAAACCAUCAUUACUUCUUAUUAUUCGACGUAACAAUUUAUUACAAAUAGUAAAUUCCUCAAAACAAUUUAUUAUUCAAACUUACUGUUGUUUUUAAAAAAAAUAAUGAUCACCGCUUCUAACAUCUUCCCAUAAUAAAAUAAACAAAACUUAACUUACCCUUUCAGAAACUUCAAAACUCCAAAUUUUAAUUGACCUGACUUUUAUUAAACAUGUAAUCCGCGCGAAGCGCGCACACCGACCCUAGUAAUAAUAAUAAGAUUUCACAUUGACUUUGUGAUAAUAUCAUAUAAGAUUAGUUUUUUUUUGGGCGAACCAAACAUUAAAAAAAAAUCAAAGCAUUAAAAAGAAUUAACUACUAUUUAUCAACUAAAAGUAAACAACCGUUGAAUUAAUGCUUCAUAUAGUGUGACUAUUGUUAAACCUUUCAAUCUGCGUUUACACUAAGCACAACAGUUAAUAAAAUCAAUUGACACAUUUCAUUGAAGUGCACCAAAGGACAAAACUACAAAUUACUACAAGGUCCUCUUUUACCAAUUAAAAGCUUAAUAUAACUUCUUCUUUUUGGAGAAAAAAGCUCAGUAUAACUUAUAACCUUUUUAUUCAAGAAUAAAUUGUUAAGCGGCAAGGACAAAAAACUUCAAAUGUAUUUUUUCCUCGGCGACAAAAAGAAAAUGUGUUUCUAUUUCUUUUACUGGAAAUUUAUAUUACUUAUUUUUGGUAAAGAGACUUAUACUAAUAUUCAAUUGUUAUUAGAUAGAACAAAGGGAGACAUGAAGCGUGCGAACACGACAAUACACAAAUAGUUUCAGAUCGGCUUCGGUCGGUUGGUCAUCUCUAUUUCUCUAUAUAUAAAUCGCCAACUCAUUAGCUUACACCAUUCAAUCUCUCAUAAUAUUUUGAACCCUUUCGUCUCCAUAUAUUUUUGUAACCAACAUUUAUUCGAUUAUAUUCAACUUCAACACAAGACUAAAAGAUGAGAACGCUUUGUCCUAAUUUUGACAGAGAAGACGGUUUAGAGACAGUGUUGGAAGUUCCGAUGCCGGAGGAGUUAUUUUGUUCCGAGAACAACAAGACCGGCUCUUGGAGAAGUGUCAAGACUAGUUUUCUCAGGUCAUCGCCGGAUAACAAUAGCAGCCUCUCCACUCUUUUCGGUGGCCAUGACGCUCAGAUUCAGAUGCUUCUUGGAAUCGUCGGAGCUCCGUUGAUCCCUCUUCCUUUCUCUUCCGAUCAUGAUGUUCUUGACCAUCCCAUGCCCAAACUCAUCAAAAAUCAAUCUAUCGAAGCAGCCAUGGCGAAGUACAUAGUAAAGCAAUACACUGCAGCAUCUGGAGGAGAUCUAGCAUUGGAUAGAGUAGAGAGUAUGUAUGCCAUGGGAAAGGUUAAAAUGGGAGUGACCGAGUUCUGUGCAGCGAAACCCCUAAUUGGAAAGAGGAAGAAGAAGAUGGUGAGGAUCAAAAAUCUCAACAACGGAAACGGAGGAGAGAUGGGCGGUUUCGUGUUAUGGAAGAAAGGAUCGAGACAAUGGAGUUUAGAGCUUGUGGUUUCCGGUUGUAAAGUCAGUGCUGGUUGUGAUGGUAACGUAGCUUGGAAGCAAAGUCCUUGGCUCGCACAUUCUAAUGAACCUUCUGGGCCUCUCAGAAGGUUUCUUCAAGGGCUUGAUCCUAAAACCACAGCAAAUAUGUUUGCUGGAUCGGUUUGCGUGGGAGAAAAGGUGGUUAACGAUGAAGAAUGCUUCGUGCUUAAGCUCGAGACACAGACUUCAGGGCUGAAAUCAAGAAGCAAGAACGGUAUGGAGACAGUAAAGCAUACCGUAUGGGGCUGUUUUAGUCAAAGAACAGGACUUUUGGUCCAGCUAGAGGACACUUAUCUCGUGCGGAUCAAGAUUGGUCUUGAUGAAGAAGAUGUGGUCCUAUGGGAAACUACUUCUGAGACAAUGAUCCAAGAUUAUAAGAGCGUUGAUGGGAUUCAGAUUGCUCACAGAGGAAAGACACAAGUAUCGUUAUUGAGGCUUGAUGAGAGCUUAGAGAGUCAUUCAAAGACUACAAUGGAAGAGAGUUGGGAGAUUGAAGAAGUGGGGUUUAAUGUGAAGGGUUUGUCUUCCGAUUUCUUCUUGCCUCCAGGUGACUUGUGUACCAAGGAAAAUGAAGAAAGUGGGUUUAACUUCGGAGAUUUUAGUAGUCCAAUGAUGAUUCCAUUGAAAGUUAGCAAAGAUUCGUGGAAACUCAAUUCCUCUAAAGUCACAGCUAUUGAAGAUUUUGAGGGAUAAAAGAUGAAGACGUUUCAAAAGGUUUUUCAGUUGUAAACUGAUCUUCAUAUUCUGUGUUUGUAAAUAUGUGAAAAGUUUAGGAGAAAAGUGCUUGUAUAUAAUAUUAUGAAGCAUAGCUAGCAAGCAAGCCUUUUUCCUUCAAUCUUGUUUAUGUAAUUCUACA